UACUUUUUUUAUUAAGGAUAGUUCCUUACGACCCUGGACUUGGUGCCCUGGUAUAAUAGGAACGCCGAAAAGAUAAACACUAAAGGUACCUCAUGCAAUUGUACUACAUAUCUUUCGUGUGCUGAUAAAUUGGUGCGAAAAAGUGGCAGAAGUCACCGAGCACGAUCUUGACUUUCCAACCGCGGCUCACUUCAAGCACACCACAGCCAGCAUGCCUUUUCUAUAUUUUGACUCUAUAAGGGAGCUGCCUGUUGAGAUUGUCAAUAUAUCUGCACUCCCACGACCAAAUCGACCUCGUUUCAGACGCCGCAACCAACACCUGUUUGACCACGCCUACUUCAACUUGUCAAUAUCGCAGAGAAGCCUAAUUCCAAGCCCUUCUCCUCCUCAAAACGACAUGCCAGACUACUUUUCCUGUGGUCUUGGUGAGCGCAUCCUGCCUACUUUCAAUGGCCGUCAUGAUUCGGUUUUUUCCUCACAACAGGACGAGAGCGCGGGUGAACAAAUCGGAAUUUCUUCCAACCGGGACGCACCUUCCUGUCACCCAGAUAUGGAGCGAAUCAACCUUCGAGCUAUGCGCGUCAGAGAAAGAUUGACGCUUCGUCUUCGACAUAGAUCAUCUUCAGUCCAAAUCGAGACUUCCAUUCCAGAGCAGUCUAGCACACCAUUUGCCAGUCCUCUUCCAACCAUUCACACUCCAAGAAGGGCAUAUUCUUUCUCAUCAUCGGAGUCGGAUAUUACAGCACGCCAUAUUGAGCAUGUCGAGAACCCUAUCCCUUCCUACGUUGCUCUCCGAAAUGGAGACACUCCAAUUGCCACGACGACCACAGGAAGGUUGAGUCUGGAGGGCGAUCGACCUGUGAUGCAUCUUGUUACUCCUGAGGCUCUCGCUGGAGCCAACAAUCCUUUGCCGCAAUCCCAACUAGGAGCAGACGACUGCUUAAAUCGGCUACCCACUUUAUUACUAACCGGAAAUUCUACGAACGGAGGAACUUCCCAAGAUUCUGGAUAUGCUCUUUUACCAAAGGCUUUUUCGUCAUCGACCGCCGCAGGAAAGGACCUCGAGGUCUCCGAAAACGGGUCGGACUUCAAGUAGCCGACGUAGAGAGAUUCAUGUUCGGAUAUUAAUCCUCCAGCUUUUCUCCUUUUUUUCUUUCUUUUUUUCCCGAUAUUCUGUCCUUCACCCACAGUAUAUAUUUUAUCCCAGCAUGGGGUUUUCCCGUUGUAAUGAGCCACGUUUCUACGAGUCUCAUCUUGUUAGAUCAAAACUAACUACAUGUAACAAGAUAGUCAGGCUAGU